AUGGAACCCUAUGAGGCUUUGUAUGGUAGGAGAUAUAGAACACCUUUAUGUUGGGUAGAGCCUAGAGAGAAUGUCAUGUUAGGACCUGAGAUAGUUCAACAAACUACUGAACAGAGAGUAGGCAGAGCACUAAAAUCCCGUAAGCUUACUCCACGUUUCAUCGGUCCUUAUCAAAUUCUUAAAAGGAUCAGUGAAGUGGCCUAUCAAAUUGCCUUGCCUCCAUCUCUUUCAAAUCUCCAUAAUGUCUUCCAUGUUUCUCAACUUAGAAAGUAUGUCCAUGAUCCUUCCCAUAUCAUUGAGUCUGACAACAUUCAGUUGAAGGAUAAUCUCACCUAUGAAACGGUUCCUUUGAGGAUUGAUGAUACGAGAGUGAAACAACUGAGAGGAAAGGAAAUCUCUUUGGUUAAGGUCGUUUGGGGAGGAAAUAUUGAAGAAAGUGCUACAUGGGAAUUAGAAAGCAAGAUGCGAGAAGCUUAUCCAUUUCUGUUUGCAGGUAAAUUUUAA